AUGCUCUGGGGCUCCAGCUUUCUUCUUCGGGGCCGCUCUGCCCCUGAGAGCGCAUCAUCACCACCACCACCACUUGGCAGCCCCGACGAAGCUUCUGAUGACGAAGUUGCGCCUUCGGAGGUUCGGCACAUUGAUGCUUCAGAAUUGCAGCCCACUAUUGUUUUUGAUGACAGUGGUGACUCCAUCUUGGUCUUGGGCACCGAUUCGUCGGGCCACCAGCCCGUCCAGGUAUCCAGGACGGCCAUGAUUCUGGCUAGUCCGGUGUGGAAGAAGAUAUUCGAGCGGCACUGGAAUGAGAAUGGAACGGCCGCUAUCCCCUUACCCGACGACGAGCUAGAUGCAAUGCACAUUGCCCUCCGAAUAGCUCAUCUCCGCUUCCACGAAUUGCCCAAGAAGAAUGGACUCACCAUCGAUGCCCUUCUCCAACUUUCAGUCGUGUGCGACAGAUACGACCUUGUCAAGCUGGUUCGACCCUUCUUGGAUCUCUACGGCUGGGCUCAGUGCCACUACCCCGAUACCACUUCAGGGGAACGAUGCCACCCGGCCUGGUUCUUCGUGGCAUGGACCUUUGGCUACAAGGACAGCUUCCAAAACCUUGCCAAGUUUGUGGUAAAAAGGACUGGCUUAGAUCAACGUGGGAAUGCAAUGAUGGAUAGUGGCCAGGCAUUUCCGCUUCAUAUGCCGCCCGCACUACUUGAACGAAUAAUGGAAAUCCGAGAAGCCACUCUUACAGCCAUGCUUGAUGUUCUCUACGAUAUUUUGGACGACAUCACACACGUAUAUGUGUGUCAAGUCGACGAAUCAUGUGAGCAAAAGUGUCGCGCCAUGGUUUUGGGUUCAUUCAUCUCCUUCCUCCUAGAAAGCAAUCUCUACCCAGUACGACGCGCGGCUUCCGGGACUUCUUUGAGUAUUCAGCAAUUAUAUGAUCAUGCAAAUGCUGCUGAGAUUCUUACGUUUGAAUCGCACGACUAUGCGGAGAUGGCAGCCCAUGUAAAGCGAACCAAUUGCGACCCGGCAAAAGCUACGGCCGAUACAUUCAAACACCAAGGUGGUCUUAUCCUCCACAAAAAGUGCUUUGGAGCAUUUCAUCUUCGGUCGAAACUGCGAGCGAUUUAUUCGGACAUCGAUUCGGUGGUGCUCCCAUCUCAUAUACAACAUAUGGAUGAGCAGGCUGCAAAGUAA